AUGAUCCAACCAAGCAUUUGGGAUCCUCUGAAAUUUCUCGAACAACCAAUCUUACUUAGAAAGUGCGUUUACUGGCAUCUGGACUCUGAAUGGACGAAUUUAAAGCCCCCUUCGACUUAUGACCUCUUUACUGGCACUUUUCCAGAGAACGAGAGGACGAUGCGCAGGGCCAAUCCUAAGCACUUGGACAAGCUCCGAAAGCGCCUGGGGUGGUUUUUUGAACUUUACAGCUACCUGCCGAAUCUAGUGGAUUCAUGGCUGGCAUACGCGGAGUGCUUAAGAUACGACUGUGUGGCAUUGGACUACUUACGGAUGAACCGAGAAUUGCAGGGUUCGCUCUCACUAUUGCAGUGGGUCUUAGUGGGUGGCCAGCUACAGCUUGGACUUUUCAGUACAACGGGCUUACUCCAACUAUGGUUGUCUGUGGACGAAUAUCAGCAACUAAUAGACACCGAGUUUAUGCCAUCGACUUGUGUGAACUUAGAACACCUAGCAGAAGGAGAGCUGCGGGAACUCAAUGACCAGCUACAGAAGCUAGAACUGAAGGACACAGUUCAACAAGUGACUUUUUACCAAGAAGAAGAAAAAUGUGAAUCUAAGGAAACCCUGGAGUUGAUUGCCACGCUAGAGAGUUUCAAGUCUCUCAAAACAUUGAAAGUGACUAACGAUCGACUUUUUGAACGUCUGGUAAAUUUUCAUGGAUUCAGAGACUUCCCAGGCCACACCGUUGGAUACCUAGUGAAAAACAGGGUCAUGGAGUUGGAGCUCGACCGAUGCGGAUCGUUGGGAACUCCCGAGAACAUAGCAGAUCUCACACGAUGGGAAACGGUUGGAAAAAUUACACUGAACAACCUGGACACAUUGGAUUUGAAUCACUUCUCCCUGCCACCAGGAUGCCGAUGGCUGCAAUUGAAUAAUAUAAGAGUUGUCAAAUGGUGGGAUUUGAAACAAAUACGUGUACUCUUGCGCAAUAUUUUACAAGUGCAAGAGUCUGGUAUACAUACUGUGCCGCAAAGACCUAAAAUAUGGGUCGCAAAGAAGAGUGCGACAGUAACACAUAAGGACGUGAUCUACUUAUGUAAAGCGCUUUUGUGGGAAAACCUCGGUCAUUUGAACCGAAUUCAGCUGAACAACAUAGCCCAAGUGCAUCCAUCCCCAGUCCUGCCGAAAUCGCUAUACAGCGAGAGCCAGUUUUGCUGGUUUGGAAAUACACAUAAUGACUCGGAGUUCAUUCUUUUAUGA